AUGAAUCCGAAUUCAAAGCCGUUAAAAGGGGCGACACAUGGGAUUCGUGAUACGCGAAAUGAUGCAACAGCGGAAGACUUCCUUGCCGUGCGGGAAUCAGUGUGGAAUAACUCAAGAGCUGAGGCUGAUGAAGGUUGGGUCCUCGGGAUAGAUUUUGGUCGGGGUCUUUGUCUUGGUCUUGACAAGAGUCAGGCAAUUUCCACAUCUGCCGUGCCCAGAAGCUCACCCCUGGAGCAUACAAACUUAGCCAUUCAUUUAAUGCCCGGGAAGUUGACUGAUUUAAUUCGUCUACAGACCUGGUCCGCCUCGCGCGCUCGUUUUCUGUGGUUCGCUUGCAAAAGGGUUUCCUCAAAGAUCCUGUCCAUCGUUCGUUGGUGGAGCAGAGCCAAGACGGGUAGAGAUAAAUCAGCAAUGACGAUGAUGACAGCGUCGGUCCAGGGGCAUCCCAUCCUAUUCGACUGA